AUGUCGCUACCAUUUACCCAUCAGCCUUUCCAAGAAAUCCAGUUUGACAUAUUCGAAUGGUACCCCAGAUUCCAAUCAUGUCUACGCUUCUUCCUCGACCAUGGUCAGCACACCGAGUCGGUCCAAGCAGUGGCAGCCUUUAUCAACAUCAGGCUCCCCUACCAAAAGACCACCCCUCGAGCGACAGUAGCAGCAGCGCCGUCGACGACGACAGCACCGUCAUCCUCGGACCCCUCAGUCACCCUCGUCAUCCCCUACAUCCGCCGCCUCGUCGCCACAGCGUUCGACUCCCCCGCAGUGCUGCACGGCUUCUUUGGCGACGAAUGGACCGAGGGCGUGGGUCCCAUUCACGACUCGGAGCGCCGCAACUACCUCUUCGCCGCCAAAUCGGACUCAUGGCUGGCGGUCAAGAGCCACUACGACAUGGAUGACGAGCAGACUAUUCCGUUUCUGCGGCCCCUGCAGAAUGUCAGCCUGGCCGAGAUCGAGGGUGCCGAGACGGGUUGGAGUGACUGGCUUGCUAUGCAGGACUGGAUGCUCGGUCCGAGGUCGUUGAAUCCGGAUGAUGGUAUGAAGUAG